AUGCGCGGCGCGACGCCGCCGCCCGGAUACCACGACGCUCACUCCUACUCGACGCUCACGCCGUACCUCCAGCUCCCGCACCUCCUCUCGCUGACGUGGCUCGCGUACCCCAUCCUCUCCCUCCUCUUCAUCGCCUUCCGCCUCGAGCUCUCCUCCGCCUCCGCCCAGGACGCGGUGGCCAACGCAAAGGGCGACCUCCUGACGAGCUGCAAGGCCGCAGAGCAGGCCGCCACGGCGGCGGCGAGCAUGCCAAGGUUUAUGGCGCAGGCGACGAACCAGCAGAUCGCGGACGCGGUGAAUGGCACUAUGAACGGCGCUCGUGCUGCGCUGGUGUUGUCGCUCACUGUUAUGGAAGCGAUUAUCAACUUUUUGAUUGAUAUCUACCGGUCGACGUUCCUCUGCUUCCUGGAGCUCAUAAUCCGAGGCGCUUUGUCCGUCCUCAUUGCUGCAGUCCAAGAUAUCAGCAACUUCGUAACGAGCAGCUUGAACGGUAUCCGCACGUCGAUCCAGAACGAUGUUUCGUCUGCAAACAGCGUCAUCCAGAGCGCCGUGUCCGCGCUGAACAAGGUCAACCCAUUCGGUAAUAUCAACGUCCCGCAGUUCAGCAUCCCGAGCCUCGACGCGCUGCAGAACGUGACCAUCCCGAACACCUUUCAGACCACGCUGGAGAACCUCAACUCCUCCCUCCCGACCUUCUCCGACCUCAAGCAGAAGAUCGAUAACUUGGUCGACACCCCAUUCGAGCUCGUCAAGAAGGACAUCAACGACACCUUCGCCAACCUCUCCUUCGACGCCUCCGUCCUUCCCAUCCCGCAGCAAAAUACCCUCACCUUCUGCGGCGACCUCGACACCUCCGUUGUCGACGACCUCGGGCACGACCUGGUCAAGAUCACCAAGAUCGGCAUCGUCCUCAUCGUCCUCCUCGCGCUCCUCCUCCUCGCCGGCAACUGCGCGCUCGAGUGGUACAAGUGGCGCUGCCUCAAGGCGCACUUGGAGUACACACGCGAGGCGUGGUCGACCGACCCGACGGUGUAUCAUACAGGGACAGCGGCGGCGCCGAGCGUGACGCUGAGCGACCAUAACCUCAUGAUCCUCCAAGCGAGCGCGGCGCACCCGCUCCUCACGCGCCUCGCGAACCAGCUGUCGCGGGCCCUCCGCCUCUCGCCCGCGGCGUACACGCACCUGCAGUGGUUCCUCCACUACGUCUUCCACCCGCCCGCGCUCGCGUGCUUCCUCAUCGGCUUCUUCGGCCUGCUCUCCGUCGAGAUCCAGCUCCUCGCGAUCCACCCGCUCGAAGCCAAAUACUCCGCGCGCGCCGCGUCGUCCGUCUCCGACUUCUCGAAUACCAUCGCGAUCUCGAUGAACGCGAGCAUGUACAGCCAGUCGUCCGCGUACGCGAGCGAGAUCAACGGGCGCAUACUCACGAUGCAGAGCACGGUCAACGACGGCUUGUUCGGGUGGGUGAACGGCACGACGACGACGCUCAAUAAUACCUUGGUGGAGUUCUACAACGAGCUGCAGAGCGGCGUCGCGACGGUGUUCAACGGGACGAUCCUCGAGCAGCCCAUCCAGGAGUUCCUCAACUGCUUCAUCGGCUCCAAGGUCGACGCACUGGAAAACGCCCUGACGUUCCUGCACGACAACCUCAACGUCGACCUCCCGACCGUCAACGAGACCGUGCUCGUGCUCUCCCCCACCGACGUCAACGAAGCCACGCAGCCCAUCGCGGCCGCGGCGAUCGGCGGCGGCGCGGACGACAAGGAGGGGCUCGUGGGCCGCCUGGUGAACACGUACGUGGACUCGCUGAAGAAGGAGCGCAUCAUGUUCGGCGUGUUCCUCGGCCUGUGGGGGCUCGUGGUGCUCAUGGCGCUCGCGGUGGUCUUCUGGCACGCGCGCGGGCGC